AUGACAAAUUUCAAGUUGACUAACUCUAUGUCUAAUUUCAUGGCAACACCGAUGAGUGCCUCACUAAGAGCUCGCCGUUAUCGACAACAACCGAGAAUAAAUGAAAUCGAAGAUGAGGAUGAACUUAGACAAAGAACACGAACAAUUAAACAUCGCGCUACAAUUAUCAAUGUUCCACCAACACUUUCCCCAUCACCUUCCUUAGAACAAACACCAUCGACACACAUCAGUCCAACCAUUUAUAUCUAUAACAGUGAUUCAUUCGAAACUCCCUCUUAUACAUCGAUAUCAAGCAUUCGACCUAUCCGUGCUGAUGAACGUCUAUGGAUUGAUGUACCUACUAUUCAAGAUCACGAUUUAAUAACAAAUAUUGGCAAACGAUUUGAUAUUCAUUCGCUAGUUCUUCAAGAUAUUGCAACGGAAGACCAACGUGCAAAAUUGGAUACAUUUGAUAAUGCUUUAUUUCUCGUUGCUAAAGUUAUUUUCAUCAACAAUGUUUCGGAGAAGACAUGCGUUGAUCAAAUUUGUUUUUAUUUAAAAGAAAAUGUUUUGAUCACGUUUCAACAGCAGCCCAAGGAUAUUUUCGAUCCAGUCAAAAAUCGGAUUUGUCUAGACAGAGGCCGUGUUCGUCGGUCCAACAUCGAUUAUCUAUUCUAUCUCUUAUGUGACACGAUUGUUGAUCGAUACAUGGACGUCUUAGAUCAAGUUGGCAGAAAGAUCGAAGAUAUCGAACAUCAUCUCAUGCAAAAAACAUCCCGUGAUACACUCGAAACAAUCUACGAUCUCAAACGUGAGAUGCUCUAUUUUCGCGGUUCAAUAUAUCCAUUAAAAGAGAUCAUCACUCGUAUUCAAAAAGAAGAAGAAACACAAAUCAUUCAAGAAAGCACCGUUAUCUACUUGAAGGAUCUAUUCGACCAUGUUGUGCAAGUUAACGACACGAUCGAUGCGUAUCGUGAAAUGCUUUCAUCGUUCAUUGAUUUCUAUAUGAUGCUCAAUUCGAACGCAAUGAAUGAAGUUAUGAAAACUUUGACAAUUAUAUCGACGAUAUUUAUUCCAUUGACAUUCAUCGGAGGUCUUUAUGGAAUGAACUUCGACAAUAUGCCGGAGAUUCAUUGGAAAUAUGGAUACCUGGCUGUGCUGACAUGUAUGGUGUGUAUAACUGGCAUCAUGCUGUGUUGUUUCAAACGAAAGAAAUGGUUUUAG